CAUGAUGCAAUUUUGGACCCAACCGGGGAGUUCAUUGUUGUGCUGGACCUUGGUUCCGACCUUCUUCGAAUUUACUCUUUUGACAAAGACACCAGUCUCUUAACCGAGAUAGAUCACAUAUCGUGUCCUUCGGGGUCAGGUCCACAUUAUGGUGUGUUUUGGGCACCGACCGCGAAUUUCACCCGAGGAGCCCUUCUGUUCCUCCAUGUUCUAGCAGAACUCGACAGCACCAUCACAUCAUUUCGCAUCACGUAUCCUUCAUCGGAAAGAAUCGCGUUUGAGCAGAUCGGCAUCGUCAACUCAUACGGCUCCGCCCAAGCAGCUCCUUACGGAAUUGCAGCGGAGAUCGAAGUUUCUCCGGACAACAGAUUUAUCAUUGCCUCCAAUCGCAAUGAUUCAUCUUUUGAGAUACCCAGCCUCAACUCAAACAAUGAGACUAAAGAGCCUUCCGACUCUCUCGCCGUCUUCAAGCCGAUGGCAGAUGGCACCUUGUCUUUUGUGCAAUUAGCGCUUGCGGGAGGGAUAUGGCCGAAAUAUUUCAAAAUGAACAAGAAGGGGGAUCUGGUCGCUGUG